AUGGAGAAGCAGCAAGGAAGAAGAAGAUCUAGUGGUGGUGUUGGUGGUCACUUGGUACUUGUCCCAUGUCCCCUGCAAGGCCACAUGAACCCUAUGCUUCACUUAGCCACCCUUCUUCACUCCAAAGGCUUCUCUAUCACAAUUGUUCAUACACAAUUCAAAUCACCAAAUCCUUCCAAAUACCCACCUGACAUCAACUUUGAAUCCAUCUCUGAUGGAAUAUCAGAAGGUGAGGAGUCCAAUUUAGUAUCUCUCAUCUUAAAAAUCAAUCGAAAUUGUGAAGAUCCAUUUCGUGAUUGCUUGUUGCGAAUCCAGUCCGACCGCGAAAAAGACCCCAUUUUGGGUAUCAUCCAUGAUGUUGGCUUGUAUUUUGCAUCAACCAUUGCAGAUGAAAUGAAGCUCCCUAGGUUUGCCUUCAGAACAAACAGUGUGACUUUCUUUGUUGGUUAUUUGCUUACCAUGCAAAAGGGUUGUUGUCAUCCAAUCAAAGGUGAGGAAUUGGAAGAACCAGUAACUGAGCUACCAUUCCUUAGAAUGAAGGAUCUUCCAGAGGUCAAAUCAUCUGACUUGCAUAUACAAGUUAUUCGCAUGGCUGAUACUACAAGGACUGCAACUGGAGUAAUUUGGAAUUCCUUGAAGCAACUUGAAGAAAAUGCAUUACACUUGAUAGAACAUGAACUUAAUUCUGUUCCUGUCUUCCUUGUUGGUCCUCUCCAUAAAUACUCAUCCAUAGAAGAAACAGAUAGAAGUUGCAUUACUUGGCUAGACACCCAAACACCUAACUCUGUUAUCUACAUAAGCUUUGGUAGUUUAGUUAACAUCAGCAGAAGUGAAUUGGUGGAGAUGGCUUGGGGGUUAGCCAACAGUAAACAACACUUCUUAUGGGUGGUAAGACCUGGUUCAGUCCAGAGCUCAAAAUGGGUAGAAGAACUGAUACCCAAAGAGUUUGAAGAGCUAACAAGUGAAAGGGGUCAGAUUGUGAAAUGGGUACCUCAACAGGAAGUGUUAGCCCAUCCUGCAAUUGGAGGUUUUUGGACACAUUCUGGUUGGAAUUCAACAUUGGAGAGUUUAACUGAAGGGGUACCUAUGCUUUGUUCACCUCACUUUGGUGACCAAAGGAUAAAUGCUAGACUUGUAAGCUGUGUGUGGAAAGUGGGAAUAGAAAUAGCUAAUAAUGAAAGAGGAUUGAUAGAGAAGAGCAUAAGAAGAAUUAUGGUUGACAAAGAGGGGAUGGAGAUGAAGGAAAGAGCCAUGGAUCUUAAGGGAAAGAUACAACUUUCUCUCAACAAAGCUGGUUCUUCUAAUGUCUCUUCAGAGAAGUUGACAAAUUUUAUCAGAAAUGGAUAUAUAGAAUAAUAAUAAUGUUCAUGGGCAGCUUUUAAAUCUUAUAAAUAAAAGUA